UCGCGAUCGGCCUGUACGACUCGCACUCAGUAGUAAUGUCUGGGUAGGAUACCUCAAACCCUGAUGGAUUAUCUUACUGGGACUCUCAGACUUCUGGACAGAUACUUGUCUUCAACAAACAGACCAGGGGAAAGUAGAAGGAUGACUGGUGUGGCCGUUCUAAUGUUCUGUCUGCUGAGAGCAGGUUUAACUAGUCCAGUCCCUCAGUACGACGUCAUGGACGAGCUACCCCCUCGGAGAGAUGUGUCUGAACAGGUCGUACAGUAUGGUACCUUGGACCAGUUACCCCUACAGAGAGAGAUGGUUCCUCAGGUCCCUCAGACAGAUGUUCUGGAUCAGAUGAUCCCUACACAGCUCAUCCCUCAGGUUCCUCAGGUCCCUCAGACAGAUGUUCUGGAUCAGAUGAUCCCUACACAGCUCAUCCCUCAGGUUCCUCAGGUCCCUCAGACAGAUGUUCUGGAUCAGAUGAUCCCUACACAGCUCAUCCCUCAGGUUCCUCAGGUCCCUCAGACAGAUGUUCUGGAUCAGAUGAUCCCUACACAGCUCAUCCCUCAGAUGCAAAGUUUGGGAACCACUGAACAAGAUAACCAGACCCAGGCCACGAGUUCCUCUGAGUCCCAGAGCUCUGACCAGAGCCACUCAUCAGAG